UUUCAUUCUCAUAGGCAACCACCUCUCUUCUUCUUUAACAACAUAUCUCACUUCCUCUUCUUCAUUCCGAUCAACCUCCGAUCUUCCUCCAUAUUCUCGUCGCCGUUCGAUUCCUCUUUUUCUCCAUUUUUUCUGCUUAUUGCUUCCUUCGCCGGUCUCCGUCGCCGCCGCUUUCGGGGAAAACGACGGUGGUGAUGAUGAAGAAGACUCUGUUGUUUCUCCUCUUCAUUUUUCACUUUCAUGUCUCGUGCAAGGUUUUAGCCCUUUCGCCGGACGGUCUCUCGCUUCUUUCUCUCAAGUCAGCGGUUGAUCAGUCGCCUGAUUCAUCUAUUUUCUCUGAUUGGAACGAGAAUGACUCCACGCCUUGCCGAUGGUCUGGCAUUUCUUGCAUGAAUGUUUCCGGUGAUUCGCGUGUGGUUGGGAUUGCUCUCUCUGGUAAGAAUCUCCAUGGCUAUAUUCCUUCUGAGCUUGGUUCGCUUGUUUAUCUCCGGCGAUUGAACCUCCAUAACAAUAAUUUUUACGGCUCGAUACCGGAGCAGUUGUUUAAUGCUACCUCUUUGCAUAGCUUAUUUCUCUAUAGUAAUAAUCUCUCUGGUCCUUUUCCCCCUUCGAUCUGCAACAUUCCGAGGCUUCAAAACCUCGAUCUCUCUAACAAUUCUUUCGCUGGACCAAUCCCCGACGAAUUGAAGAAUUGUAAGCAAUUGCAGCGUUUGAUACUCGCUAGAAAUCAAUUUGAAGGAGAAAUUCCUUCUGGUGUGUGGUCCGAGAUGGAUAAUUUACAUCAACUCGACCUCUCAUCCAACGAUUUCAGUGGACCGAUUCCGGAAGAUUUGGGGGAACUGACGACACUUUCCGGUACCCUCAACCUGUCCUUCAAUCAUUUAUCGGGAAAAAUUCCGAAGACGCUAGGAGAUUUGCCGGUGACGGUGAGUUUCGACCUCCGGAGCAACAAUUUGAGUGGAAGCAUACCUCAGACUGGUUCUUUUGCAAAUCAGGGACCAACUGCAUUUCUCAACAAUCCUAAGUUGUGCGGAUUUCCUCUUCAGAAAUCCUGUGGGAGUUCAGAGCGUGGCUCACCGGGAAAUCCGGCUUCUAGGCCUUCGUACAAUGCCCCUGGAAAAGGCUUGGGCGCCGGAUUAAUCAUUCUCAUCUCUGCCGCCGAUGCCGCCGGAGUGGCGUUUAUCGGCCUGGUAAUAGUAUACAUAUAUUGGCGAAGUAAAGACAAUCCGAACGGCUGUAGCUGUACGUCCAAAGGAAAACUCGGAGGGAACCAGAAAAACGAUCUAUGCAAUUUUCCUUGUAUGAAUGGACAUGAUAAGAACGAGGAGUCCGAAAUGGAGGAACAGGAGAACAGUGACGGAAACAGAGAAGAAGGAGGGCUUGUGGCCAUAGACAAAGGCUUUACGUUCGAGCUGGACGAGCUGCUGAGAGCAUCGGCCUAUGUGCUGGGAAAGAGUGGAUUGGGGAUUGUGUACAAAGUGGUGCUCGGAAAUGGGAUUCCGGUGGCCGUACGGCGGCUGGGCGAAGGCGGAGAACAGAGGUAUAAGGAGUUCGCGGCGGAGGUGCAGGCCAUUGGAAGGGUAAAACAUCCCAAUAUUGUGAAACUGAGAGCUUAUUACUGGGCGCCAGAUGAGAAGCUCUUGAUCAGUGAUUUUAUCUCCAAUGGAAACUUGGCCUCUGCACUUCGUGGGAGAAACGGGCAGCCAUCUUCAACCCUUUCAUGGUCAACCAGACUACGAAUUGGCAAGGGAACUGCAAGGGGGUUGGCCUAUCUCCACGAGUGCAGCCCAAGAAAGUUCGUCCAUGGCGACAUCAAGCCCUCCAACAUCCUCCUCGACAACGAAUUCCGCCCCCACAUCUCCGACUUCGGCCUCAACAGGUUGAUCACCAUCACCGGCAACAAUCCCUCCUCCUCUGGCGGCCUCAUCGGCGGCGCCUUCUCCUAUCUCAAAUCCGCCCCAACCGACCGCAACAACAACUACUGCGCUCCGGAGGCUCGAGCUCCCGGCGCCCGCCCUACCCAAAAAUGGGACGUCUAUUCCUUCGGUGUCAUGGUCCUCGAAUUGCUCACCGGAAAGCCGCCGGAGCUUUCUCCGAACGGGUCGAGUUCUUUGGAGAUUCCGGAUUUGGUGAGGUGGGUCAGGCAAGGGUUUGAAGAAGCUAAGCCGUUGUCGGAUUUGGUUGACCCUUCUCUUCUACAAGAAGUACAUGCCAAGAAAGAGGUGCUUGCUGUAUUCCACGUGGCGCUCGCCUGUACAGAGAGUGACCCGGAAGUUCGGCCCAGAAUGAAAACGGUGUCGGAGAGUUUCGACAGGAUUGGAUGAUGAGAAAUGAUUGUCGGUUAUGAAGGUUGCCGCCAUUGUUGUAGCAGUCAAGCUAUUGCUGUAAUUGCUUGCAGGAACCCAUCAUUCUUUUGGCCAGCUUUAGGGAAGAGUUUGCUAACAAGGCAAGCAAGAUUCAGGUUGAGCCCG